ACGCUUCCUUCCGCAGGAGAGCGGGCUCCCGCGGAUCGCUGCCCUCUCUUGCCCCAGACCUGGGAUCUGUGGUCCUGCUUCGGUGGUGCCGUAGGCAGUUCCAGAGGCGCCUUUCCAGGGGGUUCCCCUCACCCUUCUAACGUGAGCCCAGAGCCAGUCCCCGCCCAGCCAUGCCUAAGAAAGGGAAGGGUGCCAAGAUGUCGCUCUCCAACGAGGAGCAGCUGCUGCUGUUUCAGCAGAAGCUGCUGGCCGAGGAGGAGAUGGCCAAGAGGAAGGAGCGGCUCCUCAGCCAGUUCUUGAAGGACAAGCUGGCCAAGGAGGAGCACAACAGUGCCCUGAACCUUAAUAAGAUCAACAUGCAGUGGAGAACUGUCCUCCGGGAAAUCAAGACCAGAGAACUUCACAAGGACAUCGAGGCCCUCAGCCAGACCUUUGAGCGGGUGAUGGACUGCAAGGACAAUGUCAUCAAGUCUCUGGCGAAGGACCUGUCCGAGGCCGAGGAGCAGUACGCCCACGCCCUGCGCAGCCACCUGCACAACGUUGACCAGCUCCUGGCCCUGCAGAGGCGCCGGCUCGGCCUUCUGGAAGAAAGUUACAGCAUGGAGCUGGAGGCCCUGACCACGGAGUUCGAGACAGAAAGGAGGACGAUCACGGAGCAGCACGAGGAGGAGAUUCACUACCUGCAGGACGUGUUCAUGGCCAUGGAGCAGAGCUACAUGGACUCCGAGUACGAGAGCAAGCUGGAGUUCCAGAGCCUGUGGGACGACCUCAAAAACAAGAAUAUAGAAGAGAAGCACUUUCUACGGCUGCGGCUGGAGAAUACAGUGGAGGACCUGUGGAAACGGUUCCAGGACGCACUCAAGAGCUACACCGACGCCACAGAGGACAGGAAGAUCGCCUUUGAGACCCUGAAGGUGAAGGACGAAACGAGCUCCAAAGAGAUUGAGACACAGAUGAAAAAAAUACAGAAAUUACAGGAGGCCAUCAGUAUUUCAAAAGGCAAGAUCCUGCUGCACAGCCGCGAGAGCGAAGAUCAGAACCAGUACAUCCGCAAUGACAAGGAGUUAGUCCUUACACAGCUGCGAAGGCUUAAGGCCCAGAGGACUCGGGCCCGGGGAAUAUCCCAGGAGAACUUAGUCAAACUCACCCGGGAAAGUAACUUCACUCUCAAGGCGCUGAGGAAGAUUGUUGACAAGGGUGAAAAGAUCCUUAAACUUGCUGAAAUAUGCAGGAAAUUUGAAACUGAGGAGGAGAAAGUGCUGCCUUUCUACGCAUCAGUCUUGACUCCCGAGGAGCAGGAGUUUGAGGCGCAGGACAGAGGCGAGGAGCUCACCGAAGAGCUCGCAAAGGUGAUGGCAGACUACAGCGGGAUGGAGAACUUCUGGAAAAGGUACAACAAAGUGAAGCUGGAGCAGCUGAGCCUCCAGCACCGACGAGCCCAGCUGCUGGAAAUCAACCGGAAGCUGCGGGAGAUGCUCAAGCAGUACUUGGACGGCAUCUCGGUGAGCGACGAGGUGCUGAGCCAGCUCAACCCGCUGCUCAUAGUCAACCAUCGGAGCAACUUGCCCCCGCCCUUGCCCGCAGCGAUGGCCCGGCCAGGCGACCGGCCUCCGACCACUUACAACGUGGUGGAGGCGGCCCACGUGGCCUCCCGCACCCUGUGACGCAAGCAGGAAGUCUCUUUCCAACCCCAAGACUUUGUUUUUUGGGAGACCCGAGUGCUUUGCUAUUAAAAACCUCACAGAAUUUA